CGUCAAGAAAAGAAGUCAAUCUUACCGGAUGGCUUUAAGAACAGUCUUCUCUCAUGUAAGAGCACCAAGUAGUGAUGUUAUUAGAAGUCUAGGCAAACAAAAUUAAUAUCGGAAAACUAUUAAUAUUGGAUAAAUGUAUUGCAUCUUCCACAGGGGGCGUUGGACUAUUACAGCAAAGACGUGGUCACGUGCCCAGUAGAAAAUGAACAGCUGGAAACAAACCAAGUUUAUCCCGACAAGAAGACUAAAAGACGUGCUCUCGCUGCGAGUGAAAUGCAUGAAUGGCCCGUGUUCAUGGGAGGGGGAGUUGAGGGGAAAACAGGAGCACCUGACAAGAUGCGACCACGAGGUGAUCACGUGUGUGUUUGACGGAUGCGACACGAGACUCGCUCGAGUCUCAAUAGAGAGGCACGAGGAGGCCUGUGAGUGACAUAUUGUCACGUGUGAGUUCUGUUGUGUGCCAUAUCCCAAUUGAGACGAGGAGGUAAUGAGAUAAACAUGCAAUAGGGGACGCUAAGAGAUCACGUGACCUCUUUGAGUGGCAAAU